GGGCGACCCAGCUUCGUGGGAUGCUGCUGAGCCGCCGCGGGGUGGAAGAGACGGACAAGGCGGCGGUCAGGCGGCUCCUGCGGGCCGGGCGAGGGGCCAGGUCUAGAGUGAUGAAGAAUUGGGGUGUGAUUGGAGGGGUUGCAGCCGCUCUUGCCGCAAGCAUCUACGUCCUGUGGGGACCCAUCACAGAGAGGAAAAAACGCAGGAAAGGGCUCGUGCCGGGCCUGCUGAACUUGGGCAACACCUGUUUCAUGAACUCCCUCCUCCAAGGGUUAUCCGCUUGUCCAUCCUUGAUCAAGUGGCUGGAAAGAUUCACAGUCCAGUACCAGCCCAGCCAGAGUGAGACAUCCGGCCGCCAGUACUUGUCCCUGACGUUGCUCCGCCUCCUCAAAGCUUUAUCCAGCCAAGAGGCAACCGAGGACGACCUCCUAGACGCGAGCUGCCUGUUGGAGGUCUUACGGGUGUACAGAUGGCAGAUCUCCUCUUUCGAAGAGCAGGAUGCUCACGAGCUGUUCCACGUCCUCACCUCCUCGUUGGAAGACGAAAGAGACCGUCAGCUGCGGGUCACGCAUCUGUUUGACGUGCAUUCGCUGGAGCAGCCAGAAGUCCGUCAAAAGCAAAUACGCUGCAGAACGAAAGGGUCGCUUCAUCCCGUGUCAAGCCACUGGAAGCUGCAGCAUCCUUUUCACGGGCGGCUGACGAGCAACAUGGUUUGCAAACAUUGCAAGCAUCAGAGUCCCCUCAGGUACGACACUUUUGACAGUCUUUCCCUGAGCAUCCCUGCUGCCCUGUGGGGGCAUCCCCUGACGCUGGACCACUGCCUCCAUCAUUUCAUCUCCUCCGAGUCCGUCAAGGACGUCGUAUGUGAGAACUGCACGAAAAUCCAAGCAGAAGGGACUGGGCAGAUCACAGAGAACCAGAGAACCACCUUUGUGAAGCAGCUAAAACUGGGAAAGCUGCCGCAGUGCCUCUGCAUCCACCUGCAACGGCUGAGCUGGUCCAACCACGGCAGGCCUCUCAAGCGGAACGAGCACGUGCAGUUCAGCGAGUUCCUCGUCAUGGACGUCUACAAGCACCGCUUCUCCGCCCGUAAAUCGAACCCCCCAGACGGCCCGCGGGCAUCGCCUGGCGCAAAGGACGGGGUGGAACAGCCGGGUAGCAAUAAAUCCUCUUUUAUGAAUGGAACAUGCUCCCCGUCGCUGCUGACCUCCCCGGUCGCUUUCCCAUUCAUGGGAGGUCCAGACUGCAGUUCCCCGACAUACCUGUACCGCUUAAUGGCCGUUGUGGUCCACCACGGGGACAUGCAUUCGGGACACUUUGUGACAUACCGACGCUCCCCGCCGUCUCCCAAAAACCCGCCGGCUGCCAGCAACCAGUGGCUGUGGAUUUCGGAUGACGUGGUGCGCAAAACCACCCUGCAAGAGGUCCUUUCGUCCAGCGCCUACCUGCUCUUCUACGAGCGUGUGCGCUCCAGACUGCAGCCCCAGAGCCAGGAGCGCCGAGCUGAGGAGUGACGGGAACUUCCCGGCCCGAUCCAGUGGACGUGCUUCUCGGAGGACAAAGGCACACCAUCUGUAUGGUCGUGCGGAUAAUUGCUGCUCUGCGCCACUGGCAGGAGCUGUACCGAAAUUGCACUACCCCAAACUCAAGUCAGCUCACACCCUUAUGCUCCUAUGCACCCGUCAGUGUUACAGAAGCGUUUCUUUAUGUGUCUGCAAUAUUCCCAAGCUGGAGGAUUUCAAGCUCUUAACAUCCCACUUGUGAUUUUUUUUUUAAAUCCAUUUCAUGUGUUGUGAUGGAACUUACUUAGCAUCAACUUUUAAGUUUCACCUUUGUGACAGGUUCAGCCAGGUGAACAGUCCCAAAGAACUUCUGUCGUAUCGAGAGUGAAGAAUUAAAGACGACCUACAUGUGC